GUUACUUUUUAAUCAUUAUAAAAAAAAAACGUAUUUAUGCAUAUAAAUUAAUAUGUUUUUAUACAAAUUAAACAUGUACGUAAGAAUUGAUAAGAAUUUCUUUUCUAUACAUAAAAUUCAUUAGGAAAUUACUAAAAACCCCUUUAUUCGCAGAACCCGAUUCCUGGAUUCCAGGGUCAUUUUUGUCAAUUACUAGUCGACAUUAUUUCAGUAUUUACGUGAAAAACAAACUUUACUUAAUGACACUAGAAAUUCAUGAUCAAAGAUCGAGAAGGCGUUGAUUGGUUUUUGGCGAAGAACACACGGAACAGAGAGAAACACUGUGCAAACAAUUUGUUUCUAUACGUUUUGUCUUUUGGAUAAUAGAUUUUGGUAUGCCGGAAAAUCGGCGUGUUCAGAGGAAUAAUUCUUCCAUCUCCAAUUCUUCGUUGAAUCACAACAUUGAAGAAGCCAUAAGGCGAUUGAGAAUUCACUCAGAUGGGAAAGAAGAUGAAACUGCUUCAACAGUGUAUCCAGAUCGACCUGGAGAACCCGAUUGUAUAUAUUAUUUAAGAACCGGAGCGUGUGGCUAUGGUGAUAACUGUAGGUUUAAUCAUCCAACUUACAAUGCUCAGAUGAAUCAUCACGGAGGUGACCUCCCAGAAAGAGUUGGAGAGCCAGAUUGUGUUUAUUUUUUAAAGACGGGUACUUGCAAAUACGGAUCGACAUGCAAAUACAAUCACCCCCGUGAUAGGCGUGGUUUAGGACCGGUCAUGUUAAACAUGGUCGGGCUACCAAUGCGACAGGACCAAAAAUCAUGUUCUCAUUAUCUACGAACCGGAUCAUGUAAAUUUGGAGUUACGUGCAAGUUCCACCACCCACAACCACCGCUAGAACCAACAUCCCAUGGCGGCGGUCCACCACCAUGGCCAUAUCCGACCCCCCAAACUUACUUUCCGGUCAUGCUGCCGCCCUCUGCCGCCACCCAAGGGUGGAGCCCGGUUGGUCUUCCAUUGAGACCCGGUCAACCCGUGUGUUCGUAUUAUAGUCUGUAUGGGAUUUGCAAGUACGGGCCGGGUUGUAAAUAUGAUCACCCAGUGAUGGUAUAUUCAUACAAUUACGCCAUCGGGAUGAAUAUGAUGACAUCAUCAGUUCUCCCAUACGCAACAAGUAAUGGAAAGUUAUCUACAAAUGAUUCUUCUCAAUCUCAAUCUCAUUCUGAUUAAAGUUGGAAUAUCGUUUUGUUAUUUGUGUUUUUGUUUUUGUCGGAAAAAAACUAUACUUUAUCACUAUUGUUUAUACUUUAUACCUUUCGAUAUAAAUUAUUUACAAUUUGUUGGAUUUUAUUUCUUUAAAAAACUUGUGGAAGUGAGAGAAGGGUGUCUAUUUGGAGCAUAGUUUAAGGGGGAAUAAAUUUUUCUUGUGGUAUUUGAGUAUGGUGUGUUUGGAUUUUUUAGAAAAGAUAAAAAUAAAAUUACAAGUUAUG